AUGGAGGCGCCGCCCGCGCCCCCCUCCGCGCCGCCCGCCCCCUGCAGCGCCGCGCGGAGCCUGCAGGACGAACUGACGUGCCCGGUGUGCCUGGAGUACUUCAACGACCCGGUGCUGGUGGCCGAGUGCGGGCACAACUUCUGCCGCGCCUGCGUGACCCAGUGCUGGGAGGACUCGGCGCGGCGUCUGUGCUGCCCGCAGUGCCGCGAGCCGGUGCCGCAGCGCCUCUUCCGCCCCAACCGCUCCCUCGGCAACAUCGUGCACAUCGUCCGCCAGCUGGGGCUGCCGCCGGGCCCCGCUGAGCCGCCGCCGGGGCCGCCCGCGCCCGCGCCGCCGCUGCCCGCCGCCCCGGCCGGGCCGCCGGGCCCGCCGCGCUGUCCGCGGCACGGGGAGCCGCUGCGGCUGUACUGCGUGCAGGACCGGCGGGCCGUGUGUGUGGUGUGUCACCUGUCCCGAGAGCACCGAGCCCACACGGUGCUGCCCGCCGAGGAGGCGGCCCACGCCGCAGAGGAGGUGCCCCAGGAGCACCUGAGCUCCCUGAGGAAAGGACGUGAGGAGGCCAAGGCUGAGCGGGAGAGGCAGAGCGAGGAGCUGCUGAAGCAGACGGAGGUGGAAAGGCAGAAGAUCGUGGCCGAGUGCAAGGAGCUGCGGGCGUUCCUGGAGGAGAAGGAGCAGCUGCUGCUCUCCAGGCUGGAGGAGCUGGAGAGGGACAUCGGGCGCCGCAGGGAUGAGAGCGUGGCCCGGCUGGCCGAGGACAUUGCACAGCUGGACAAGCUCCUGGCAGAGCAGGGCGGGGACAGUGGCACGGGGAGCACACCUGGCGAGGGCGUUGUCCCAGCUGGCAGCAGCCUGGAGAGCUGGAUGUUCCUCAAGCCUGAACCCGGCUUUUCCGAGCUGGAGAAGAAGCUGAAGAGUUUUUCCCAGAAGAGCGCCGUGCUCAAGGAAGUGCUGCUGGAAUUUAAGGAAAAUCUGCGCUUUGAGCUGGAGAACGACACAGGCGAGCUCUCCCUGGACCCCGACACGGCCAACCCCUACCUGGUGCUGUCGGAGGACAAGCGCAGCGUGCGCCUGCGCGGGGCCCCGCAGGAGCUGCCGGCGCACCCCAAGCGCUUCGACUACGCCUUCUGCGUCCUGGCCUCCGAGGGCUUCUCCGCCGGCCGCCACUACUGGGAGGUGGAGGUGGGCGACGGGGAGAGCUGGGUGCUGGGCGCCGCCCGCGAGUCCGUGCGCCGCAAGGAGAAGGUCGACUUCGCCCCCGAGGAGGGCAUCUGGGCGGUGGGGCUCAACUGGAAGGGCAAGAAUUGGGAUCAGUACCAGGCGUUCACCUCUCCCGAGACGCCGCUGUCGCUGUGCGAGCGGCCGCGCAAGAUCGGGGUGUACCUGGACUAUGAGGGAGGGUGGGUGGCGUUCUACAACGCCGACAACAUGGCUCCCAUCUUCACCUUCACCGCCGCCUUCUCCGAGAGGAUCUUCCCGUUCUUCUGGCUCUUCUACGUGGGCUCCUCGCUGUCCCUCUGCAACUGAGCCCCCGCCCCGCUUGCUGGUGGUGUUCCCCUCCUCUCGCUUCCCCUUGCCAUCCUUAGGUUUUCCUUUGCUUCUGAGCUAAACACCCCAAAUCCCACCCUUGGCUUUUUUUUUUCCCCUGUUGCAGUUCAAAGUUUUUGAGUCUUCUUACCCUCAGAAAUCUUCCUCAGGGGCGUUGGUUGGUGAGGGGGCUACUUUAGCACCCCCUCCCCAUUGCUGGUUAAACACCCCCUGCAGAGUUCAUUUUGUGUUCUUUCUUUGGAGUUGGAGCCUUCUCUGAGAGGAUCUUCAGGUUCUUCUGGCUCUUCUACGUGGGCUCCUGGCUGUCCCUCUGCAACUGAGCCCCUGCCCCACUCGCUGGUGGUGUCCGUCCCCCUCUCUCCCCCUUGCCAUCCUUAGGUUUUCCUUUGCUUCCCAAAUCUCACCCUUGGCUGUUCAGGGGGGAUUUUUUUGUUUUUCCUGUUGCAGUUCAAAGUUUUUGAGUCUUUUUACCCUCAAAAAUCUUCCUCAGGCGUGUUGGUUGGUGAGGGGGUGGGCUACUUGAGCACCCCCUCCCCGUUGCUGGUUAAACACCCCCUGUAGAGUUCCUUUUGUGUUUUUUUUCUUUGGAGUUGGAGCCCUGUGGAACAGGGAGAGGCUGAUCCCAUCUUACUUCGAAUAGUAGCCAAAGCUCUGUGUCCCCCCUCACCCCUAAAAUGCCGUGUGGAGAGGAGGGGUCUUGUAUCCACCCCCCCUUCCCCAAUUUGGGCACCGUUGCUUUGCAGGUCAUUUUCACCCAUCCCAUCC